UGUCGUGUGUGCAACCAGGAGGGACACUUAAAGAAGAUGUGCCCGCGAUUGUCCCGUUCCGUGGGACACCAUUAUGUUAUUACGGAAACGGGAAACCAAUCGACCCCGGAUGAUGAUUUAGAGUUCCAGAUUUAAAGACGUAUUCUCGGAGGGGCUGGGCCGGUACAAUGGCGGGCUGGUCACGCUGCGGGUGAGAGACGGCGCCAGGCCGGUAUUCAUGCGCGCGCGGCCGCUGGCGUACGCCCUUCGUGGACCAGUGGAGCGGGAGCUCGAGCGACUGCAGCGCGAAGGUGUCAUCACACCAGUGGAAACAGCAGACUGGGCAACUCCAAUUGUGCCCGUGGUCAAGUCAGAUGGAUCCCUCCGGAUUUGCGGAGACUACAAGAUAAGUUUGAACAAGUAUUUAGAAGUGGACCGUUUUCCCUUGCCAAGAGUAGAAGAUUUGUUUGCCAAAUUACAUGGUGGUAAGAAGUUUAGUAAGAUUGACCUGUCACAGGCAUAUGCACAGCUAGUUCUGGAUGAUACCUCCAAGUAUACAGUCAUAAACACACACAAGGGCCUAUUUAAAUAUAAUCGUCUUAUAUAUGGUCUAUCCUCGAGCCCCGGAAUAUUUCAGAGGAUUCUGGAACAAAUGUUUGUGGACAUACCUCGAGUUGGUGUGUUUUUAGAUGAUGUGGUUAUUACAGGGUUAGAUGAUCAAGAACAUUUAAAGAAUUUAACUGCAGUUUUUGAGCGACUACAAAAGUAUGGUUUAAAAAUUAAAAAUGAAAAAUGCUCUUUCAUGUCGGAAUCUAUAACAUACUUGGGUUAUGUAGUAAAUAGUGAAGGUAUUCAUACUUGCCCUAAGAAGAUAGAAGGAAUAGUGAAUGCAACUACACCUAGCAACGUAACGGAGCUGAGAUCCUUUAUAGGCAUGACAAUGUACUAUGCUAAAUUUGUAAAAAAUAUUAGUACAAUAAUGGCCCCAUUAUAUGCACUAUUAAAGAAGGAAAUGAAGUUUAAUUGGACAGCGGAGUGUGAUAUGGCCUUUAAUGAAAUUAAACAUUUAUUGUCUUCCAGCAAGGUGUUGGUGCACUAUUCACCGGAUCUGCCGCUGAUUCUGACUACUGAUGCCAGCAGCUAUGGAGUGGGCGGCGUUAUAUCACACAUUAUGCCAGAUGGUACAGAGAGAGCUAUAGCAUAUGCUUCCCGAGUUUUGAAUAAAGCAGAACGAGCAUACUCACAGAUUGACAAAGAAGCACUGGGAAUCAUAUACUCAGUAAAAAAAUUCCAUCAAUUCCUGUAUGGUCGUCGGUUUGUUUUAAGAACCGAUCACAAACCAUUAGUGACAAUCUUUGGGGACAAAGCCGGUAUUCCAGUAAUGGCUGCCAGCCGCUUGCAAAGAUGGGCAGUGAUCCUGGGUGGCUAUCAAUACGACAUUGAAUACAUUCCAACAGCUAAGAAUGCAGCGGAUGCAUUAUCAAGAUUACCAUCGACUAGUCAGGAUGUCAAGGACUAUACAGAAGUAACAUAUAUAAAUUUUGUGCAAGAUUUCCUACCUAUAACCAGCAUGGAGGUGAGGAAAGAGACAGAAAAAGAUGAAACAUUAAGGAAAGUAAACCAAUUUUUAAGCAGGGGCUGGCCAGAUCAUUGUUCAGAGGAAGAAAUGAAACCAUAUUUUGCACGAAGACAAGAACUAUACACUGAUACUGGCUGCAUUAUGUGGGGGUAUCGGAUGGUCAUACCAGCAACACUGCGACCUACUAUUAUGAAGGAAUUACAUAGCAGUCACCAGGGUAUGGUGAAAAUGAAAGGCAUAGCCCGCAGUUUCGUUUGGUGGCCAGGUAUUGAUAAAGAUAUUGAACAAAUUUGCAAGCUUUGUGCAAUCUGUGCGGCAGACGCAGCGGCAACUGCGAAGUCAGCACCACAGCCCUGGCCAUACCAUGAGCAAGCAUGGAGUAGACUACACAUCGAUUUUUUAGGCCCCUUUGAAGGAAGAAUGUUCUUUGUCAUUGUGGAUUCCACAUCAAAAUGGAUUGAAGCUUUUGUAAUGCAGAGGACUACAGGAACUGCGGUGAUUAAGGUAUUAAUGGAGAUAUUUGCUCGCUUCGGGUUGCCAAAAGAAGUGGUUUCAGACAAUGGACCGCCCUUCACGAGUCAGGAAGUGGAUCAGUUCAUGACACGGAGUGGAAUUAAACACACUUAUAGUGCACCAUACCAUCCCGCUUCAAACGGAGCCGCAGAGGGGGCUGUCAAGCUAUGUAAACGGGCUCUGCGGAAAGCCACCAAAGAAAAGGUAGACUUGGAUGUGGCAUUGCAGUCCUUUUUAUUUAACUACCGGAAUUGUCCACACAGUACCACAGGUGAGUCUCCAGCCAUGAUGUUACAGAAACGAGCUCUGCGCUGUAGGCUAGACUUACUUCAACCAGGCGCCACAGUCGAUCAACGAGUCCGGCAAGCUCAAGGCAAGCAGGUGGAAAGGUUCGCUAGCAAACCAUCAUAUCAAAUGAAGCAGGGAGAUCCAGUUUGGUUGCAGGAAUACAGCGGCCCCGAUAAAUGGGUGCCAGGAACAAUAUCGGAGGUAAAAGGAAACCGCAACUAUGUCGUGACAAGGGAAAACGGUACCACCAGUCAUAGGCAUACUGAUCAACUGAAGAAAAGAUUCAAAUAUUGUGUACCACACGGGACCCAAUUUAAAAACAAGGAGGAUAUAGGUAUAGAAGUGCCACAGUCGGUCGAGCUUCCGACCCAGACCGCUCAGGACGCGCCCGCGGCGCCCGCACAGCCCGGCACCAGUACCGACCCGCCCGCUCAGGUUAAAAGUCAUGAGAGUAAAAGAGUUAGGCGCCCGCCCGUCAGAUUUGGUUUUGAGAUAGAUUAAGUUUCACAAUAUUCUUGUUAAUUGCUUUUAUAAUUAAGGUAAAUGUCCUAGGGCUUGACCUACUGUUUCUAAGUGGGAAUACACAGAUAUCACCUUCGUUUGACAUGGAAGGUAAAACUAACGAACCACGGUCAAGCUCUGGAGCACACGGUAAAUUUAUAUGUUCAAUAACUACUGUUAUUUAAGAAAAGGGGUGUUAUAUAUGUAUAUUGGUGGAGGGUAGGGUUAAUUCUCCCCGCGCGCCCUCUGGCGCCGGCACUUUUGUAACGUUUGUCAGUCCGGUAAUAAACCUAUGUACUGAA